AAAAAAAAACCUCCCACUCAUCUCUACCAAGCGCCUCUGCACCAGUCGCAGUUCAACACCAUGUGCAAACACAUCCUCAACGCCCAAGUCGCCAUCCGCUCUCCAUGCUGCCGCAAAUGGUUCGACUGCGCAGAAUGCCACUUUGAACAGGAACCACAUGCUCUCGCCAAGUCCCCUGAGAUGACAUUCGCCUGCAAAAAAUGCAAAAAAUGCUUCCGCAAAGAUGCCGCCGAGUUCGAGGAAAGCGACGAAUAUUGUCCCCACUGCGAUAACCAUUUCGUGCUUGAGGCUAAGACGCCCAAGCCCGCGUUGCAGGUUGAGGGUGAUGAUGCGCGGAUGGAUAACAGGAUGCUCAAGGAUGAUCGGGUGCAUCUGCCGGAGGAGAAAUCCAUCUUUAAUUUCAAGGAUUUGUCAGAUCGGAUGGGUUAGAUUGUUGUGUGAGUGGG